GAUCUACCCGCUGGGAUGUCCUUCUCCAAGACUGGUGGCCAGCUGAGGCUGCGGGUGCCACAGCUGCAGUGUGACAGCCUGAAGCAGCCACCACAGCACGAGGCUCGCUUCUGGAAGGUGGGAGACAGCAGCUGGACACAGGUGACAUGUGAGACAGUGAUGCUGACAGCUGGAGAAAACUCAGUGACCUGUGCCCUGGAGGUCAAUGGCACCUUCGUGGUCCAGCUCCGGCACAAACUUCCCCACUGGAGCAGCUACUGGAGCGACUGGAGCAGCAACAUCUCUGAGGUCAGGCCUGCUCCUCCUGCAGCAAUCCUGAGGAGGCCGGUGCUGAGCCAUCAACUGGGCAAACUGGGGAGAGACGGGCAGCGGGUGCUGAGGCUGAGCUGGCAGCCACUCCUCAUGGAGCAGAAGGAUGUCACCUACAAGCUGGACAUCACCAUGGUGGCGUGUGGCUGUGCAGAGUCAGAUGAGGAGCACUCGGUGGCGCUGGGCGGGGAGGUGACAGAGCACAACCUCACCCUCUCCGGGGCGGAGUACGAGAUCCUGCUGACCGCCGAAAAUGCCGCGGGGCGUGGACCAGCCCAGCACCUCCGUGUGCCGGCAGAGCAGCGCGCAGGUACCGCCCCUCCAGAGAUGCUCGGCUCCCCCGGCAGCCCUCAGGGCGUUGUUUUUAUCCAGCUACCCCGAAUAUCCCCCGUUUCAUCCCAGAUUGUUGUAUUGCACCAAAUAACGUGGCUCUCAUCACCAGAUCUCAGCUUCAAGGAGAUCAGCGUGGACGGCAGCACCGUGACUGCGCUCUGGGAAGCACCGUGGCCAGGAGAGGCUUUCUGCUUCGAGCAGCAGACACUGGCAGAGCCCCCGAAACAGGGAGUCUGCGUCCAGCAGGAAUUCCCUGCCAACAGCACCCACCCGCAGAGAGGAGUGCUGGGAGCGCGGGGCUGUCACCGCCUCGCCGUGCACGGCUGGGACAUGGAGCGGGGCUGGGCCACCUUCGCCCUGUGGCACCGCUACACCGGCAACGAUUCGCUGGACGUGCCCUUCAACAUCAGCACCGGGGACAGCGAGGCCGUGCUCCGCUGGGAGCCGUCCCCACGGGCCGCCUGCCCCGGAGCGCUGGCCAAGUACCUUGUCUGCCACGUGGCCGAGGGGGACAAUGUGACCUACACUGAAGUGGAGGCCACGGCAUCAAACUACACCCUCCAAAACCUCCAGCCUGGCACAGGCUACAGGGUGGGGGUUUGGGAGGUGACAGAGGACAGCGAGAGCACCUGCAGUGCUUGGUGGCCCUUCCAGACCAGGGCGCUGGGUCCCCAGGGAGCACUGUGGAGAGGCAACCUGAACUACCUGGGCAUCUGGCUUGGUGUCCCCGCUGCAGCUGCCAUCUACCACCUGAGCAAAAAGAGGGCUCGCCGCCUCUUCUUCCCACCCCUUCCCAAGCCCGUGGGCACCAAAGCCACCCAGUUCUCGGCCGACCAGGGCCAGCCCCGGACAGGCCUCCUGGAGCCCUCGGAGAGGUUCAGCCCAGCCGAGCUGCUGCUGACGGAGCAGAAUCCGGGCGAGGAGACGACUGACACGGGCAGCCAGAGUGCGGUGCCGCCCCCCGAUGAGUCACAGCCUGGCCCCGCCAUGGAGAAGCCGGUGACAGUGGUGAUGUCCCCGCUGGGCUGCGGGGAGGAGCUGCCCUUCGCCUACCGCAGGCAGGAGAUGCUGAGCCCGGUGGGAUCUCCCCCCUCCGGCAGCACCGGCUGCACCGAGCACCCACCCGGAGAGGAGGAAGAGGAGGAGGAAGAGGAGGGAAGGCAAGAGCUGCAUCAGCCGCUGAUCCCCAUUGCCCUGCUCAUCUCCGACAAGCCCAUCAUCAUCAGGUGUUGA